UAUGGCUUUCAGUUUCUUGCAGUUAGAGCGCGGAGAGCAGCCAGAGGCUCUUUCCUAGUGUCGUGUCGCACUUUCACCCUUUUCCGAUGAUGUAGGGUGUCAACCAGGGUGAUAAUGCAUCUGCAUUUUGAAAGGACCGUUAACGCGAAGAGUGACUGCCCUAUUUUGUCUUUAACAUGGAUGGGAAAGGUUCCCGAUGAGCUUCCUGAAGACGAAGGCUGGAAACUGAACAGAACCAACUAUUAUCAGGAAGGGUGGUUAGCUACAAGCAACGUCAGAGGCAUUGUAGGCGUCACGUUUACUACAAGCCACUGCAAGAAAAACGUGGAAUAUCCACUUCGAACCAAUUACAAUUUAAGAGGCCACAGGUCCGAAGUUAUUCUUGUCAGAUGGAACGAACCAUAUCAAAAAUUAGCAUCAUGUGACAGUUUCGGCAUCAUCUACAUUUGGAUCAAGUAUGAAGGACGGUGGUCAAUAGAAUUAAUAAAUGACAGAAAUACGCCGGUUACACAUUUUUCAUGGUCACACGAUGGUCGUAUGGCUCUAAUAUGUUAUCAGGAUGGUUACGUUCUUGUUGGCUCGGUAGCCGGCCAGAGAUACUGGUCAUCGAUGUUAAACUUGGAUUCCACGAUAACUUGUGGAAUCUGGACCCCAGACGAUCAACAAGUGUACUUCGGGACCACUUCGGGACAGAUCAUCGUUAUGGACGUUCAUGGUGCUAUGGUCUCUCAGGUGCAGCUGAAUUCUGAGGUAGGGAUCACUUUUAUGGCUUGGUCUUGUGAAAAGUUCAAGAUGGAGGAGGGGGACGAUAAUAAUGGAGGAGUUGUAAAUUCAGCUGAAAGAAAGUUUAUGUUAGCAGUAGCCUUACAAAAUGGUUUUAUAAAUCUGUUAUCGACUUUCGAUGACGUAUCCCCCAUACAGAUAAAAACUGGCCUACAAGGACCUCUGUCCAUCGAAUGGAGCAACUCUAGAGAAUUCUUAGCAGUAGCAGGUACCGUGUUGGAAUGCAGAUCACCAGGGGGCCAGAUAGAGUAUACUAAUAUGUUGAAGUUUUACAAUGAGAGGGGCCAGUUGUUGUAUUCUACAGUUAUUCCAGACAAACAGGCAAAAGUGUCUACGCUAACUUGGGGCCAUAACGAUAAAAGGUUAUUUUUGGCGACAGGAACCCAAAUUCACAUAGCCUGGGUUUCAAAAAGAAUCGCCUCUUUGCAAUUACUGUGCAGACUUAGAAUCCAUGAACUGAUCAAACACGAGGCUCAAUUGAGUCUAUUACCUCUACCUGCUCGUUUAGGAAACAUAAUCGGCAAUUUGUUUGCUCAAACGAUUAGGUGUUGUGUACCAGAACCAUCAGCAUUGAGGGAGUUCGUGUCGCGACCGCCAGUGGGUUCAGUGCGCCUGCAUUGCACCAUGAUUCGACACGACGAAGAAAACAAUCUUUCCUCGGGGAUUUGUUAUACGCUCUACUUGGAGUAUCUGGGAGGCCUGGUGCCGCUGUUGAAAGGCAAACGAACUAGUAAAAUACGACCAGAGUUUGUAAUAUUCGACCCACAGGAAGAUUACAUACCACACUCUUCGGAUUCCAAGAGUUCCUCAUCGUCGACCAAUUCUGCAAGUACAGGUGGCGCUCCAAGCGAUUCUUCGGAAAGCGACCGUGAAGAUGGAUGUACGGGGUCUCCGAGAAUGCCGAGAAAAAGAAAACGAAAACACAAACACCACUUAAGUUAUAAUCAUCAUUCAUAUCAAAGGGCAGAACAAGACCCGGAGCAUGAAGAUUUAUCUUAUGUUGAUACUUUGCCAGAACAAAUCCGUCUAGUGGAAGUAACUUCCAAUAUCUGGGGCACCAAAUUCAAAAUACACGGCUUAGCCACAUCAGUUCCCUGCAACCUGGGCCAAGUGACGUACAAAACGUCUCUGCUCCAUUUACAGCCACGCCAGAUGACGCUUGUGAUGACUGAACUCAGUGAUGAUUUCCCAGUUGUGCCUGAUCCUACCUUUAACCCGAAUCUAUUUUCCGAAGACGAAGAAGAGACAUCCCAACUAGAGAGCAUCAAAAGGGUGGAUUCGUUCGAUAACUUUCCGCCGAUUGCACCGAUGGCUUCUACGAGAAGACCAGUGCUGGGUAAGCAGAAAUGUCCAUAUUUGGUUCCAGAGGUAACCAACAAAAGAGAUGCACCAAAAUCAUCCCCUGAAGAAACUAUCACCAAUCUACCUGUAAAUAAAGUACCUAGCUUAAGUAACGACGUCCGUCCUCAAAACUUGAGAACCACCAACAAUAACAAUAAUGCACAGCUCAACAUACGUCCAAACAGUUCUCAAAAUACGAGUUUCAUCGGCCAGUUUAUACAAAACGGAGGACCCAACGGGAGUACCCAGCGGCACGCCAUAUCACCAAUCUGUUGCGAGGUGUCAGUUCCUGCAUUGCAGUCUCCAAAGAAUGCAGUGGCGCCCAGCGACAUCAUGUUCGACCGACCACCAGCUACUACCCUUAUGUCCUACCCAUCGAACGAAUACGGAAAUUCCACUACCUUACAAGUUAAAUCGUACGUAGACCACAAAAAUGACAUCGCUGUCAAUUAUAGCUACGUUAGUGAGACUCAAAAACCGUUCACGAUUAAAAAAGUCGACGAAAGCGUUGAUAGUAAACCAAUCAGUAAUGAUAGUACCAAGCCACCUGUAUCAGGUGAAGAGGAUAAAUUUUCGGUGCCUUCAACAUCCAGAAAGUUUCCAGUCCAGAGUACUCCGUAUUUGUUAGAUCCUAUGGUUAGAAGUUGUAGUGUAGGAUUUUUGGACAUGGUAGAACGACAACUAGUACCUAGCGACGAAACGUUAUCAUUAUUACGAAAGGACAUCCCCAAGCGUUUAGUAUUAGUAGACAAAAAGGGCAAGAAUAAAAAAUCGAACCGCCUAAAUUCGAAACAAUUCGAUCACAUUUCUAAAACCUCUGAAGUUAGCCACAAACUCAAAACGUGCGGCAAAUCCAAAAGCCUAGACUCUAGUGAUAUAUUUCCACAUAGCGAAAACGUUCUAUCUACUGUAAUAAAGAAGAAAGAGAGGGAUAUACCGGAAAUUGAGACAGUUGAAGAAGCCGUUGCUGAAAAUAAUGUUACCAGUGCUCCCUUAAAUGAAGACCAGAUUAGAAGUAACAACAAGAAGAACAGCAGGAGGGAUUUCUUCUCUUCUCCUUUGAUUAGGCGAAAGAAAGCUGAUAUAAAUAACGACAAAAAUAACAGAGGACGAAAUAACCAGAAAAAAACUAAUGUUAACCAAAAUAAGGAAGCUAGUAGUGAGAAAAAUGGUAUAGCUCUUCAUACGCAAGCCUUAGCUAAUUUGGAAAAGUUGAUUACUAGACUUAGAGAAGAUGAUAACAAGUCGAAUACUAAUAGUCCAAAAUUGCCGAAAAGUUCUCCUUCUUCACCUGCUCCUAGCAAAAAAGGUAUGAGACCACAGUCAGCUUCACCUAUUAGAAAAAAAUUCUUAAACUCACCGCUAUUAGGUCGAAAAAAUAGGAAAAAUAAGUAUCAAGAAAGUUCCGAUGACGAAGUAAACGCAUCUGGAGAUGAAAUCUUCAAUGGUACUAAUUACAAGGAUUUGGAAACCUUCCAAAAAUCGCAGUUACGACAAAAGCUCAAAAGAGGCAAAAUAGAACCGAAUGGAAGUAGUUGUAAUAAUCACAUCAUCCCCCAAAGGAGGGAAUUCGUAAUGCACAACAAAGCACCGAUGUGGAACGAAAACAACCAAGUAUAUCAAUUGGAUUUCGGCGGUAGAGUUACCCAGGAAUCUGCUAAGAAUUUUCAAAUUGAAUUUAGAGGAAAACAGGUCAUGCAAUUUGGCCGCAUAGAUGGAAACGCCUAUACCUUAGAUUUUCAGUAUCCUUUUUCAGCCCUUCAAGCGUUCGCAGUGGCUCUAGCUAAUGUUACACAAAGACUUAAAUGAAUUGUUUUGUUUUGUUUUGAAUGUGCCAAUUUUCGAAAGUUUUUUUAAACUAUAAAAAAUGCUGUUUCGGUUGAUAAGUCAUUGUUUCUAUGAAAAGAAAUUUAUAUAUAUUUUAUACAUGUUUUAGAAAAAUGCGUUGAAUUUGUAAUAUCGUCUUGUGAUUUUUAAUUGAUAUUUUUAUUGUAUUUGAAUGUUACCAUUAUAUCAUGAAUAAAAUGUUUCAUAUUG